AUGGGGGUUGGGUGUUUGGGGUUUGGGUGGGGGGGAGGAUGGGGGUGGUUAUUGGGGGGGGGGUGUGGGGGGGUGUGGUGGUAUGGGUGGGGUUGUGUGGAUGGGGGGGGGGUUGGUGGGUGGUAUUUUGGAUUUGUAGGUGGAGGUGUGGGUGGGGGGGGGGAGGAGGAUGGGGAUAAGAAAAUUUGGGGGGGGGAGGUAAGGGUGUUAUUGGGUAGGGGGGGUUGGGGUUUAGGGGAGAUGUAUGUGAAAGGUUGUGGGAUUGUUUGGUGUGUGUUUUUUUUGGGUUUUUUUGGGGGGGUUUUGUGUGGGUGUUGUUGGGGGGUUGUUGGUUUGGGUUUGGUGUUUUUGUGUGUUGGUUGUUUUGAUGGGGGUAAUUGUUUUUUUUGGGGUAUGGUGUUUUUUUGUGGGGGGUUUUGUAUUGGGUGUGGUGGGGGAAUUGGGAUGGGGGGGUGUUUGGGGGGGUUGUUGUUUGGGGGGUUUGGUGUUUUGGUGGUUUUUUGGUGGUUUGUGGUGGGUUGGUUUGGUUGUGUGGUGGUGGUGUGGGUUGGUUUUUUUGGGGGUUUUUUGUGGUGUUUGGGGUGCAGGGCGGCGUGGCCCUUGUGUGAGAUUGAACUGGCCACUUGA